GCUUUAGAAUUAGUGACAGCUGAGCAAACAAACACUUGAAGGAACCUGACCUUUCACCUCUUCACCCAUCAACUCUGUCAGUUUGGUUCCAGUAGCCCUGCGACUGUGAGACACUCUCAGUGCUCAGAGACCAGCUUUCAUUACAGCUGUCUGUACACUCCAACAUCAAGCCUCUAUGCACAAAAGAUGGCACUGUAUGUAGUGGUUGCUGUGGCCCUGCUUGGCUCCUGUUGGGCAGCUCCUCCAGUUGAUUCUGAUCCGGUGAAUUAUGAUGUGGAUUCAGACACGUGGGACCUGAACACCUAUGGAGAAACCUAUGACUAUGAUGACUUGGAUGAAGAAGUUGGGAAUGCAGGGAUUUCGAUUGAGGUUGGGACCAUGGCUCCUCCUGCAGCCAUUACUCAUCUACCUCCUGCAGUUAUUCCUGUAAACAAAACAGAGGAAGUGACACUCCUACCACAGACCACCAAGCCCACAAUCCGUCCUACUCUGGACUUCCAGGGCCCUGGACUUUUUGGUCCUGACACUGGCCUGGGGAUGCCCACCUGCCUGCUGUGUAUGUGCCUCAGCGGCAGUGUGUAUUGUGACGAUGCUGAUUUGAUGGAGGUCCCCCCUCUGCCCAAAGACACCACACACUUCUAUGCCCGCUUUAACAAGAUUACUGCGGUCAAAGCAAAGGAUUUUCUUAACCUGAAUCAGAUGAAACGAAUUGACCUGACAGGGAACCAGAUCUCUAAGCUGGAUGAGGACACCUUCCGCACUCUCCCACAGCUCCAGGACCUAUUUUUAGCUGACAACAGAAUUCCGUCUCUGCCUGAGCUUCCAGCCACUAUGAGGCACAUCGAUGUUCGCAAUAACCGUCUGACGAGUGCCAGCAUGCACAGAGAAGCCUUUAAGGAAAUGAAAGACUUGCAGUUCCUGUACCUGUCAGACAACCGACUAGACUACAUUCCUGUCCCGCUUCCUGAGAGUCUACGAGUGCUUCAUCUGCAGAACAACAACAUCCAGAGCUUGAAUGAAGACACGUUCUGCAACAGUCACGACCUAAGCUAUAUACGCAAGGCUCUGGAAGACAUUCGAUUGGACGGCAACCCAGUGGAUGUGAACCGGUAUGCUCAUGCUUAUGUCUGCCUGCCAAGAGUGCCUGUGGGAAACUCACACUGAGUGUUAGGAGGGCAUAUGGCUACUCGACUGGUUCUGCUUCAGUAGAUUCAGGUAUUAUGAGAGUCACUGUAUUAGAUAAUAUGGCACAUGUAAGUCUUGGCCCUAACUGACCAAUCUUUUAUUCAACUGACCACUCAAAAUGGACAAAGUGUGAAUGGAUAGAAAAUACUUUUUAUGCCUAUAUAUGGUAUUUCCUUUUGCUCAUUUAUAAAGAAUAAGCUAAGCUCCUUAAGUAUUAGCAAUCAACCUGACGUCUUUCAAUAGCUUACAGUAUCUGAACCCAAUCUUCAACUUCCAUAUGCCAUUUUUGGUCACAUAAUAUAUCUGAAUUACUUGAAUUGCUGCUGAACACUUAAUAUUAAAAACUUAAAAUAUU